AAGCUUGCAAGGAACUAUUUGACCAUUCAAGCUACUAGCAUUUCCUGUGAGCAGGCGUUUUCUUUAGCAGGUUUAACGAUUAGUAAAACUAGAAAUCGCCUCUUACCAAAAACUGCACGAGCCAGUAUUUGUUUAAAGAAUUGGAUCACAGAAGGUCUUGGACUUGGACAAACUGAAGAUAUAGUAGUAGAAGAUACAUAA